AUGGCUGGGUGGAACUUCUUCUUCUUCGAGGCACUGGUCAUCUCGUUCGAGAUUACGGCCAUGACCUUUCUCUCCUCCUUCUGGAGUGAGAGGGUGGCCGAACCGGGCCCUACAGCAGCCAUUUGUGCUGGCUGCAUCAUUAUCUAUGGUCUUCUAAACAUGGUGGCUGUCAAGGUCUAUGGCGAGUCAGAGUUCUGUCUGUCUUCGGGCAAGAUCAUCCUUCUCCUCAUGCUCUUCGCCUUUACCUUCAUUACUAUGGGAUUCCUCGCCUGUCUGUACACUGCCGCGUUCACCAUUGUUGGCCCCGAGUACAUCUCUAUGGCUGCCGCUGAGGUUAAGCACCCAAGCAUUUACGUCAAGGAGGCCUACAAGACCGUCUAUGAUGGGCUCUGCUUCUUUUUCGUUGUCGGCGCUCUAGCUGUAUCCGUUGUGGUUCUAUAUGAUAACCCAAACCUUCGUGACCUGUGGUUUGGUACUGGUACGGGUAUUGGCUCCGCCGCCGGCUCCCCUUACGUUCUAGCUAUGAGCAUCCUCGGUAUCAACGACUUGCCUCAUAUUGUUAACACCCUUAUUCUCACCUCGAUCUUCUCAGCAGGUAACACAUACUGCUUUUGCCUCUGCCGCGUGUUGCACGGCCUGGCUCUCGAAGGUCGCGCACCCAAGAUUCUGGCUCACACUACGAAGAGUGGUACCCCGAUCUAUGCAUUCGGUAUUGUCCUCUGCUUCGCUUGCCUGUCCUUCCUCCAGGUCAGCAGCGGCACUACCACCGUCCUCAGCUGGAUGACGAGUCUCAUCACCGGCGGAGGCCAAAUCAACUCCAUCGUCAUGACCGUCACCUUACUUCGCUACCACAAGGCCAGCAGUGUCCAGGGCGUCGAUCGCAAGAUCAGGCCAUACUACGGCCGCUUCCAGCCCUACAGCGCCUGGCUCGCCAUUGGCAUGCAAAUCUUCAUAUGCCUAAGCCUCGGCUACACCUCCUUCCUCCCCUGGGACGUCGACAGCUUCUUCGCCGGCUACACCAUGCGGAUCCCUAUGCCGGUCCUCUUCAUCACCUAG